AACUGACAAGUGAGCGUUUGUAUCUGGAAGUUCUGUUCAGCUAAUUACGUUUGAAUGUAACAGGUUGAGGCUCGAUGAUACGCUCAACAGGAGAUUAUUAGUGUUAUUAUUAUUAAUUCAUAAGCAAUCUUAGAAAUUACAAGAGCGCAUUCACCAACCUAUUCACUAAUCCAUUUCUACCUGUUUCAAUGGAUUCUUUUUCUUCGCCCUCCCGCCUAAACACAUUGAACCUACUUGUCUUUCACAUGCUUUUCAUAGCACCAUCAUCUCCAAACACGUAUUUCGCAGUACUUGCAUCUCCAUGUAAACGCUUAAACUCGAUUAUUAGCUUCGGGGACUCGUUGGCUGACACGGGAAAUCUUCUGCAUCUCUCAACUUCAAACAUUCCUCCCCAUUUUGCAGUACCACCUUAUGGAGAAACUUACUUCCAUACCCCGACUGGCCGAUUCUCCAAUGGUCGCCUCAUCAUAGACUUCCUCGCUCAGUAUCUUGAAGUUCCAUUGGUAGCACCCUAUAUAGGCAGCAAGUAUCACAGGAGCUCUGCAAAUAUUUUUUCGUCCGGGGUAAAUUUUGCAGUGGCGGGAGCAACGGCCAUGGAUAACAAAUUUUUUGAACAAAGAGGUGUCAAUAUGACGAAAGUACAGAAUUUUCCUUUAGGGACUCAGUUGGGUUGGUUUAAGGAAGUCUUGCCAUCUCUCUGCCACACAGCUUCAGGUUGUGAAGAACUAUUCAAAAGAAGUGUAAUAUUCAUGGGAGAAAUUGGAGGCAACGAUUAUAACCAUGCUUUGCUUGCUGGAGCAAGCAAAGAGUUAGUGCAAACAUUUGUACCGAAUGUUGUUGGCCGGAUUGCCUCAGCUGUUACGGAACUACUAGAAUUAGGGGCCAAGUCGAUAGUAGUCCCAGGGGACUUACCAAUUGGAUGCUCAGCAGCUUUGUUAACACAUUAUAUGAGUAAUUCAUCUCAGCAAGACUAUGACCCAAAGACUGGUUGCCUUACUUGGUUAAACCAGUUUGCUGAGAACCAUAACAAAUUGCUCCAGACCGAGUUGAAAAGGAUCCAAGAACGUCAUCCCCAAGCCAAAAUCAUCUACGCGGAUUAUUACAAUGCUGUUAUGCCACUGUAUCUCAGUCCAGUUAAACUUGGAUUCAGUAAUGGAGCACUAAGAGCAUGUUGUGGGGGGACGGGAGUGUAUCAUUACAACUCGAAUGUGGAGUGUGGGAAAGCGCCGGCAACUGCUUGUCCGAAUCCUUCGUUUUAUGUUAACUGGGACGGUUUACACUUGACGGAAGCCACAUAUAAGUUCAUCUUCCAACGUUUAAUUAAAGGCCCGUUCAUGAUUCCACCCUUUAAGACAUUAUGUACAGUUUAAGGUUUUCAAUAGGUAACUUGUAAAAUACUUCCAUCUUUAAUAAUUCUAGCAGCAUUACUCGGUGCAUAAAACUACCUUAG